CAUCGCGUAAAAUAGUCCUACAAAAUCAACUAAAUUAAAAAAUAAUGACAGAAAAAGUGAUUGAAGAUCUAAAUAGAUAUAUAUUGAUUGCAAAACAAAGACAUGAAUAUGAACUAUUAAAAUGUUCUACUACAAAAAUCCAUAUGCAAGAAGAAAAUAGACGUGCUCGUUUGGAAAUACACGUUCUAACUAAUGAAAAAAAAGAAAUGCACCAAUCAGAAUUAAUUUAUAGACAAACUAUUAAAGAGUUAACGGAUGAUUUACAAAAAUUACAAGAUCAAUAUAUUAUAAUAGAACAAAAAAACGAUGAAUUAAACUCGAAAAUUAUAAAAUAUGAAGAAAAGCUAUCACAUCUUGAAAAAAAUACACUAAAAAACAACUCAAAUGUUUCACAAGACAAUGUUCUACUUCAAAAAAUAGAAUUUCUAGAAAAGGAAUUAAUAAAUGAAAAAAGUAAACAAAACGUACAAAAUGAUUUAACAAGAAAUUUAGAAUCAAAUCAUUCCUUCAAAACACCAGAACUCAAUUUAAAAAAUUCAGAAAAAAUAAACAGUAUAAUCAAAACCAUCAACAAAGAUGCCAAGUCAAAUAUGUCAACUAUUAAGAAUACUAAGUUAAAAUCAAUCAAAUAUUUAAAAAUGAAAAAAUCAAAUAAGGCCAAAAUUAAAAAAAAUAUAUACAUAGACAAUUAUACUUUCAAUAAUCAAUCGGAAUCAUCAAAAAAAAAAGAUAGAACCGUAUCAGAUAUUUUUCAGGGGAAAAAUAAUACACAAGUUUAUAAUCAUAUAAAAUCACCAGUUGUGCCAAUAAAGCUAAAAAAAGACAAAUUAAAUCCAGAAUCAGCAAUGUCUACAUUUUCUAUAACACCAUUUCUAGACCGUACAAAUAUAAAUACUAAAAACCUAUUAUUUUCACCUUUAGAACCCAAUAAUUUGGAAACAAGAAUAAUUUUAACAGAAGAUAAAUUAAAAACAAAAAAACAAAACAUUUCUAAUAAAAAAAGGAAAUUAGGUGCAAUUGGAAAAACAUUAUUUGAUGAAACACCUAAAGGAUUAAUUAAUUCGGUCUUUUUGCAAAACGUUAGCCCUUUAAAGCACGGCAAAAAAAUAACAAUUCAGCCCUUUGCUACUAGUACAGCAAAACAAUAAAUGAUUAGGUAAUUGAUAGUUUUAUACGGUUUCACUUCAUUUGUUU